GUCACUCACUCUCUGAACAGCGUGUGAAGCGUAUCGAGAAGGCAGUCUGGGAGCAGUCUGCACAUACUAUAUAUAAAAAAUUAUUUCUAAGCAUUUCACAAAAGGCAAAAAAAUCGAGGUUGAAGAAAAGCAAAUCCUUUCACAUACUCGAUCGGGAAAAUACCUCUAUAAAGCACGUAGAAACACUUUAUCUGCCGAUUGCAAUGCUUCAAACCAGGGAUCUCAUCUGGGCAUUGCUAUUCUUUGCCGCUGCAGAUUUGGGGUUUUCUUCUAAAGCCCCAUUACAAAUCACCAUUUCUCCACACCAAGGGGAAGUCAGUGUUGGAGAGUCCAAGUUCUUUCAGUGCACAGUCAACCGUGAAGCAGAUGACAUCUCCUGGUACUCACCAACUGGAAAGAAACUGGAAAGUAACCAGCAAGAAAUCUCAGUGGUCCGUAAUGAUGAAGUGUCCUCCACCCUUACAAUCUACUAUGCAGGCAUUGACGAUGCUGGAAUCUACAGAUGUGUGGCAACUGCUGAUGGAAAAGAAGCUGAAGCAACAGUCAGCUUUAUGGUUUUUCAAAAAUUGACCUUCCUAAAUGUUCCAUCACCUCAGGAGUUUAAUGAUGGAGAUGAUGCCAACAUAAUAUGCAACGUCACCAGCUCUCCCGCCCCUACUGUUAUCUGGAAGCAUGCAGGCAAAGAUGUUACUUCGAAGAAGGAUGUUCGUUUCAGCAUCCUUGGUAACAAGUACCUGCAGAUCCGGGGCAUCAAGAAGACAGAUGAAGGGACAUAUCGUUGUGAGGGCCGGAUCCUGGCACGUGGAGAGAUUGACUUCAGAGACAUUAAAGUCAUUGUUAACAUUCCACCAACUAUUCGAACAAGGCAUGCAGAAUUGAAUGCAACAGCAGAUAUCGGAGCAUCUGUGACCUUAUCCUGUGAUGCUGAUGGAUUCCCUGAGCCAUCAGUGAGCUGGGCUCGGAAUAAAGUUGUUUUGGAAAGGGGUGAUAAAUACAGCUUUAACAGUGAUGGUUCAGAAAUGACUAUCUUUAAUGUGAAGAAGAUCGAUCAAGGAGAAUACACCUGCAUUGCCAAGAACAAAGCUGGUGAAAAAGAACAAGAGAUCAGCCUAAAUGUUUUUGUAAAACCCAAAAUCACCUUUGCACAAAAUAAGACAGCAUUGGAGCUAGAUGACCAGGUUUUGACAUGUGAAGCCAUUGGCGAUCCUACCCCAUCUAUCGUGUGGCGUUUUGGCCAUCGGGUAUUCUCUGAAGGAGAACAGCAUACGAAUGACAGGAUUUAUCAGGCUUCAUGGACCCGGCCAGAUACAUAUAAGACUUUGGAUGGCAGUUUCAUAGUGAGAAGUGAUGCCAGAGUUUCCUCUUUGACUCUCAAGAAUAUCCAGUAUACAGAUGCCGGACAGUAUAUUUGCACUGCCACCAAUGCUAUUGGACAAGAUUCCAAGUCCAUGUUCCUUGAAGUACACUAUUCCCCAAAGCUCCAAGGCACAGUAGCAGUGUACACCUGGGAAGGAAACCCUGUCAAUAUUACCUGUGAGGUCUUGGCUCACCCACAAGCCUCCGUCAUCUGGUUCCGAGAUGGCCAACAGCUUCCCAGCUCCAAUGCCACCAACAUCAAGAUUCACAACACCCCAACUAGCAGCCUUCUGGAGAUUACUCCUGAUUCCCAGAGUGACUUUGGCAAUUACAACUGCACAGCCUCUAACCGCAUAGGACAAGAUUCCAAAGAGUUCCUUCUUAUUCAAGCAGAGGUCCCAUCUACCCCAAUGAUCAACAUUGUGGAACCAUUUUCCAGCACAGCAAAGAUUGAAUUUGAAGAGCCAGACUCCUCUGGAGGUGUCCCAGUUCUGAAGUAUAAGGCGGAAUGGAGAGAGCUUGGCAACAUUCAUUGGUUCAAGAAAGAGUAUGAUGCCAGAGAUGUAUAUGCUGAAAAUCUGAUUACCAUUUCUGGUCUGAAGCCCGAAACUAAUUAUGAAGUAAGGAUGUCUGCAAUCAAUGGCAAGGGAGAAGGAGAAUUCUGCCAGCCCUCUAUAUUCAAAACAGCACCAGUUCGCUACUUUUACUCACUACCUACACUGAGUACAGAUACCCUUUCUUCAAAUGGCACUGUCCCCAUCACAGAUGAAGGAGAACCAAGCAUGCCUAAACUGGAAGGCACUAUACAGGAUACUGGAAACACUCUGAAGGUGAAGGUCAAAUGGAUCAAGCAAGAUGAUGGAGGUUCUCCCAUCAAACACUAUCUGGUCAGAUACAAGGCUAAACAAGUCCAGGACUGGAAACCUGAAAUCAAGCUUCCUGCUCUCAGUGAUUAUGCUGUUAUCACUGGCCUUGAAUGGAACACCGAAUAUGAGGUUUCUGUGGAGGCUGUAAACCAGCAGGGAAAAUCUAAGCCUGCAAUCUUUAUGUUCAGGACCUCUCCACAGCCAACUGCUAUGCCAGGUAAAAUAGCACAAAGCAGUGGUUUGAGCACAGGUGGCAUUGUUGGUAUCCUCAUCGUGGUCUUCCUCAUUCUGCUGGUGGCUGUGGACGUCACGUGUUAUUUCCUCAACAAGUGUGGUUUGUUGAUGUGUAUUGCUGUGAAUUUCUGUGGCAAAUCUGGACCUGGAGCAAAAGGCAAAGAUAUCGAAGAGGGAAAAGCUGCAUUUUCGAAAGAUGAAUCCAAGGAGCCGAUUGUUGAAGUGAGAACUGAGGAUGAACGUACUCCUAAUCAUGACGGAGGCAGCCAGACAGAACCCAAUGAAACCACUCCUUUAACUGAGCCUGAGCACCCUGCUGACACAACAGCUACUGUCGAGGACAUGCUUCCUUCUGUUGCUACUAACUCUGACACAAUCACUGAAACCUUUGCCACUGCCCAAAACAGUCCAACGAGUGAGACUACUACUCUCACUUCAAGCACAGCUGCCCCUGGGCCUGACAUUAAAUCAGCGCCUGUCCAGCAGGCCAGCACACCAAAGGCCAGUGUCACUUCUCCCACAUCUCCUGCUGCCUCAACCACAGAUGCUGCACCCAAGGUUGCCCGCUUGGUUGACCUCAGUGAGGUCCCACCAGCCAAUAGUACAGCUUCACCCAGUCUGAAUUCCACAGCUGCCACCAAUGCCGCUGAGCCUGCUAAAGCUGCCAGCAGCACCAAGGCACCUGCCCCGGCAGCCCCAGUUGCCAGCCCAGCAGCAGCUGUGUCUAACACUCCUUCUGAAAAGCCCAAAACCGAGGCCACCAAGAGCCCAGAAAGUGAAACAGCACAGAGCAACACCGUGAAGAGUUCCACUGAAGCAGUGACAAAACCCACUAGCCCGAAGAGUUCAGCCCCCCCAGAAAUCAACGAAAAGCCCUCCCAAAAUGAGGACUUUCAAAUGGAUGGAGGACCCUUCAAGACCUCAGAUAUCGACCUUGCAACAGAUGUCUUUGCAGCUCUGGGCAGUGCUCCUGUUCCCUCUGUGGCUGGCAAACCGGCUCCUGAGCUUGUUUCGUCUCCUGCAGACUCCACCAAUGCAUCUGCUCCAGCCAAGGACGAGAAAACUCCAAUAGAGGAUAAAACCAAACCAGAAGAAGUGGAGAAUAAGAAACCGCCAACGGAAGUGAAAACUAUCCCCAAUGAAGCCACACAAACAAACGCAAAUGAGAGCAAAGCAUGAUCAGAUGUCUAGGAGUACAAUAUAAAAUGAAGACCUGCAGAAUUUCUCACAAGCAUAUACAAAAAUAUAUAUAAAAAAGGUUUCUUUCUUCAGUGUCUUUUAUUAUUUUUCACAAAAAGAAGAAACAUGUUCUCCUGUUUGUAGAUUUGUAGAAGGGAAUCUGAUUUUGUGCACUUGCAUUUUUUUUUUUAUUUUAUUUGAUUUGUAGCAUUUUCAAAACAAGUUUAAAAAAACAUAAUCCACUCUAAACAGGUAUGACAGGUGAUACAAGAUGAUAAGGAAAUCUGUGUGGUCUUAGCUGAGGAAGGAAGGGAAGUAGAUCACUAUGGUUACUGAAAACAAAAAGAAAAUCAAAACAAAUAUCUCACUUUUGGCUUGAUCCAUGGAAAUACAGCUUUACAAUGAACAAUAUUUGUGCAUUGUUCAUAGAGACUGCCACAUUCUACCUGUGCUUUAGUCCAAUACUUUUCUAUUAUUAAAAUGAAGGAAAAAAUAUGAUAUCUAUAUAUAUCUAUAUAUAUAUAUAUAUAUGCAUAUAUAGAUAUGGAGGGUGCAUUAUUAAACGCAAAUUCCUCCUUACAAGA